AUGGCGGAUCCAAAGAACCUGUUCGCACUUUACACCACUGCAGCUGGUGCAGGAGAUUUACAUCAUGAUUCUCACUCUGAGGCCAUCGCAUCACUUCCUGAGCAGGAUGUGAAAACAUUAGCUGAGGAUGAGGAGGUGCUCCUUAAAAUGCAGGCCAAACUAUUUCGUUAUGCCACUGAGAAGAGCCCCCCAGAGUGGAAGGAGAGAGGAACUGGUGUGGUCAAGCUGCUGAAACACAAACAGAAGGGCAUGAUCCGCCUCCUAAUGAGGAGAAACCGGACUUUGAAGGUUUGUGCUAAUCAUUGUUUUAUACCCAUGAUGGAACUGAAGCCCAAUGCUGGCAAUAACAGGGCAUGGGUGUGGUUCACACCAGCAGACUUUGCUGAUGGAUGUCCCAAACCUGAAAUCCUGGCAAUAUGCUUUUUUAACGCACACAAUGCCCAGAAGUUCAAGUUGAUGUUCGAUAAGUGCAAGGAGGAGGUCAGAAAAGAUCUAGAGGGAAAAGGUAACACUGAUGGCAGAGAUAAGGUCACAGAGGAGCUGGAAGAGCUCUCAGUAAAAGAUGAGGCCAAAGAAGAAAAGAAGGGAGAAGAAAAAUGGUAGACUGCGGCAGACAAGAAAAAAAAAAAAAUCUUAAGUGGGUUGUUCAUCAGUUUGGUGCAGCAAUUAUUUGGCUUAAAUUCAGAACCAGGAAAUAGUUAGUGUUACUAAGAUUAAAAUGAAAUUCAGUGAAGCCCUGAAAGGGGAAAAUCUCCCCAAUGUUCCAGGACAUCAUGUCUUUGUAGUUUUACUAUUAAGUGCAAUAGAUUUAUUUGUAUGUGCUUUAGUCUCUGUCUUAAAUAAGUGAAUACAACAAUAGUGUAACAAUAGUUCUGUUGUUUUCACUGAACUGGAGUGAGUAUAAAUAAGUGCUCAAAUAAAAAUAAUUAAAGAGUCACUCACAGACUCCGCAGUUCAUUUGAGGUUGUCGGGCAUGUUCUAUAUUCAAUGUUGUAGCACAGCAAUUCCCAAAUGUAAGACUGCCAGGGGCCCACUUUGAAAUCUGAAAAUUCUCAGAGGCUCACCCUAACCUUGAAUCAUGACUCUGUAUAACACAUAAGGCUAGGAUGAAUAAUGCAAUUUAUAUAUUUGUCUUUAACAUAGUA